AUGCAAUUCUUAGCUUUGGUUCUUGUUGCUGUAGAAAUCAUUAUCUGCUUCUUAAUCUAUUUUGGUUGUGUCUACAUUCGCCAGAGUCGGGAACAAUGUAAGCGACGAGCAAACACCGGUGAUCCGAAUAAUGUCGGGUCCGACGGUCACACAUGCGGCACCAAGAACAUUUUGGUGUUUGUCCCUUACUCUGCCGUGAAAACCUUCCUAGGGAAAUCGACCGUGAUGAAUUUGACAUGUACAAAUUGUCUUAGAGUAAUCAAGGACGAAGAUGAAACGCUGCGUUUGAUUCCCACGUGCGGUCACGUGUACCACACCAUGUGUUUGGUGGAUCCUUGCUCACCUUCGUGCCCACACUGUCAGGCCCAACCCAAGUCGGAUGGGCCUGACUCGAAACUCGAGGGUGGUGAAGGCGAGGAGGUGUUGGAAAUAAAGGUGGUAGAGGAGAAAAUGAUAAGGUUGUCGGAAGAAGUAACCAAGAAAAUGAUACUUCAUGCAAAGUUGGUAUUACCAACAGGAAAACUUUGUUCACCGGCUCAAUUCUUAAGCUAA